AUGGCUGAGCUCGGCGCUCGCUCUGCUCUGCUCUUGCUCUCUCCUGCUUACUCGUUGUUCAGCUCGCACCAGAUGGCUUCUCUUCCGCCUGAUCGCCUCGACGCUGCCGAUGUUCUCGCAGCUGUCGUUCGAAUCCACCACUCACUCAUCCACUUCGACCACGCCUUCGUAGGAUUGGCCGGUACGAUUGUCCGCUUGACGCAUACCUUCCAGCGCACCGAGAGGAUCCGGAACUUCUUCGAGCGCGACGACUUCCUCAAGAUGAGCUGGCUUGCGUCAAACCAGACUUUCGCUGUCGACAUCGCAUCACAACACGAAACCCGUCCCCGCACUGUCCAAUUCAUCCUCGCCCAGCAGGUCGACCCGCCAAUACCCUCAAGUGGCGUUUGGCGCCGAGAGAGCUGCACAAUCGAGUCGGAGGCCGACGGACACAACGAGCUGUUCAUCCCGACCGAACUUGCCGUCACGGCGACACUUCGGCGUCUCCAGCCUGUUUUCGACUGUCCAGCGUACGGGAGAUCGCAAGGCUUCACCGAGAACCACCCACCUCCUCUGCCUCAUGAUCUUUUGGCACUCCACGCCGAAUGUCAGGUUCAGCUCGCGCUCGACGACCUCCGCUGCUCGAGCGCUGGCUUCUUGAGCCGGACGGCCUGGCAGCGCGACAUUUCUCGCUUGAUGUCGGCGCACGAAUACGCCGAACGUGCCGAACGGCUUCGAGCGAUACUCGUCGCCUCGACACCCGCCAGAGUUGACGGGGAACAGCCGCUCAACCGUCUCGUCUGGGAAGCGGCAGUCAUGGAGGACGAGCUAUGCGGUGCGCCAGCUGAGGGCGUCAGUGAAGAGGAGCGGAACCGGUCGGCAAAACGUCAACUCGCGAAACUUGUCCUCGGCUGGAAGGACGUCGUCGAACUGCUGGGCAGGCUCUUCUCGAUCCCGUACCCUUCGGCACAUGUUCCUAUCGCGCGCACCUGA